GAAUUCCAUUCAAUUUGUCAUUGUGAAACUCUGUUAUUCAUGAUUGUACAAGAAAAUUCAGAUUGUACAAGAAAACUCUGGCAUUAUGUAAUAAUUGAUGAAGGUCACCGCAUAAAAAAUGCUUCAUUCAAAUUAAAUGCUGAACUGAAACACUAUCAGAGCUCGCACAGAUUGUUGUUAACCGGAACUCCGUUGCAGAAUAGUCUUGAGGAACUAUGGGCACUACUGAACUUCUUGUUGCCAAACAUAUUCAAUUCAUCAGAGGACUUUUCUCAAUGGUUUAAUAAGCCAUUUGAGAGUUCUGGAGAUAAUUCAGCUGAUGAAGCCUUACUUUCUGAGGAGGAGAAUCUGUUGAUCAUAAAUCGUCUGCACCAAGUUCUGAGGCCAUUUGUUCUUCGGAGACUAAAACACAAGGUUUUAAUAUCUCUAUUAGAGUACAUCACAUACCGUGUAGUAGAAGCACAUCCAAGGUGGAGCAAUUGCAUAAAAUUUUCAACCUACUCCAGCUCCGGCAAACUCUUCCACCUACUCCAGCUGUUCAGCGAACUCUUCCACCUACUCCAGCUCCGGCAAGCUCUUCCAGCCACUGCAGAACUCUUCCAUCUUGCUGUAUUCAAUGAUCCAACAGCAUUAAAAGAAGAAGAGUUGUAUGAUUUGCGAAACAGUUGGGCAACUUGUUUUCUUGACUUGUAUAAACCUUAGAAUUUAUCAGGUUUGUGCCUAAACUGUCUGAAUUCCCUUAGCUCUCUUUGUAUUGUGCAGUUUGUUGCCUUUGGAUUAGUAGCUUCGAGAGAUAGAUGCUGGUAAUCUGAACUGCAGGUCUCAUUGAUUCAUAUGUAUAACUUCCCUGCAAUGAAGGAUCAAUUUCACUUCUUAGCAUUUAUAUUCUUCAAUGGGGUUUAAAGCAUUAUCAUGUAAUAUUAGGAAUUUUUUUAUUUAUGAGAAUCUUGUACUUACACUAAAGCAGUGGAAUGUUACAGAAGAAAAAGGUAGCAAGCAGAGGAAAUGCCUGGCGUUUUGAUUACUUGACUCCUCUUGCAUUGCCUAUACUGAUUGUCAUUCUUUGUGGCCA